CGCAUCGGCCCUUCAGUAAGCGCGCGGUGGUCAAAGGAAGAGUACGCUAAAGUAAUAGCUACUCUCCGGUGACAGAACUUUUAACAGCAUAUAGACUAAUUUCAUUGAGAGAAGACAUUUGUCGUAAUUUUGCAAACCAUUUUAAUAACCCAUCAACAAAGGAAUAAAAUUUUCACUGUAAAUUUUAUCAGGAAACUAGCUGUUACUGGUUGUUCAAAUUUUACCGUUUGCAUCCUAAAUUUCCCUCCAACCUCACCGAGCACAUCAACAAAUCCACCAAGUGCACUUAACUGCAUUUAAAAGGAUGGUGGAGUCGUGGGAGUACCCGCCUGCCCAGGGCCUCUAUGACCCGUCCUACGAGAGCGCUGCCUGUGGUGUCGGCUUCGUCGUCAACAUCGAUGGCGUCGCUUCAGCCAAGGUUGUUCGUGACGCAGAGAGGCUUGCGUCACGUAUGAAGCACAGAGGCGCCUGUUCCUGCGACAAUGAUACCGGUGAUGGCGCUGGGCUGAUGGUCGCCAUCCCUCAUACCUUCUACAGCAAUAUUCUACAGGAGGGGCAUGGAGUGUCGUUGCCUGAGCCUGGACGCUACGCUACAGGCAUCUUCUUCCUGGACAAGACUCACCACCAGGAGACCGAGCAACUCUUUGAUGACCUCGCUGCUGAACAUAACCUCAAGGUACUAUGCUGGAGGACCGUGCCAACUGAUAGGUCGAUCCUUGGUGAGGUCGCUAGGGGCUCUGAACCGUUCAUGAGGCAAGUCUUCAUCGCUGCUCCUGAAGACAUCGAUGACGCCACCUUCAGGAAAAAGGUGUGGGUGAACAGGAAGCAAGCAACCCACAACCUUCUGCGGCCUGGCUGUAGAUUCUACAUUUGUUCGCUGUCCACCACCACUGUUGUGUACAAGGGCCAGCUCACUUCUGAUCAGUUCUGGGUUUACUUUGGUGAUUUGAAUAAUCCUAACUUUUCCACCUACAUGGCUCUGGUACACACCCGGUUCUCCACCAACACCUUCCCAUCAUGGGAGCGAGCCCACCCACUGAGGCUAAUGGCACACAAUGGUGAGAUCAAUACCCUGCGCGGUAAUGUGAAUUUAAUGAAGGCAAGAGAGGGAGUGAUGAAGAGUGCUGAGUAUGGUGAUGAACUGACUAAGCUGUACCCUGUGGUGGAGCCCAACCUCUCUGACUCAGGUGCUGUUGACUGUUGCCUCGAGUUCCUGGUUAUGGCCGGUGGACGCUCUCUGCCUGAGGCAAUCAUGACAAUGGUCCCUGAGGCGUGGCAGAACGAUGACCUCAUGAAUUCUGAAAAACGUGACUUCUAUCGCUGGUCUGCUUGUGCAAUGGAGCCCUGGGACGGCCCAGCACUGAUGACCUUCACCGAUGGACGCUACAUCGGAGCAAUUCUGGACAGGAAUGGUCUGCGCCCUUCUCGCUAUUACGUCACCAAAGAUCGAGUGCUGGUGAUGGCUUCAGAAGUGGGCGUAUAUGACACAGAGCCUGAGAAUAUUCUGCAGAAGGGUCGACUCAAACCUGGCCGCAUGCUGCUGGUAGACACACUGGAGAAGUUGGUGACCAAGGAUGAGGAACUCAAGUUACAGAUAGCAAGGUCUAGGCCUCACUCACAGUGGAUUCAAGAACAGAUGUUUACCAUGGAGGACUUGUAUGCUGCCCAUGAAGGUGACCUGACAUCUGAACCAUCUCUGACAAAUGGCCAUGUAAACGGGGCCAUCAAUGGAGAGGAGAAUGGUGGCAUCAUGCGUACCUUUGGUGGUGAUCGCCGCCUUUGCAUGUUUGGCUAUACUCUUGAAACUCUCAAUAUGUUGCUGCUUCCAAUGGUUACAACACAGAAAGAAGCUCUUGGCUCAAUGGGAAAUGAUGCACCAUUGGCCUGCCUCUCACAGUUCCAGCCACUUAUAUAUGACUACUUCAAGCAGCUGUUUGCUCAAGUCACAAACCCUCCCAUUGAUCCAUUCCGUGAAAAAAUUGUGAUGUCGCUUGCCUGCCCUAUUGGACCUGAAGCAAAUAUCCUGGAGCCCAGUGCCAAACAGUGCCAUCGUAUCUUCCUGGAGAACCCUAUGUUAUCCCUUCAGGAUCUUGAGGUGAUCAAGGCAACAAAAUACCGUGGGUGGAGCACAUACGUUGUUGACAUAACGUACCCGGUUAGUGAAGGAACCAGCGGCCUUGUUCCUGCUCUAGAUCGUAUUGCUGCUGAGUCGUGCAAGGCAGCUGAGGAUGGCUACCAGAUCUUGGUGCUGUCUGACAGAAAAGGUGGAAGUGACAGGUUACCAGUGAAUGCUCUGAUGGCACUUGGGGUCACACACCACUACCUGAUUGAAGAACGUCAGCGCAUGAAGGUUGGCAUCAUCCUUGAGACUGGUGAAGCAAGAGAAGUACAUCAAAUGUGUGUUCUGUUAGGCUAUGGGGCUGAUGCCAUCUGCCCAUAUUUGGUGUUUGAGACGAUGAACUCCCUUCGAUCUGAGGGAGUCAUUACUCUUGCCAAUAAGGAAAUUUUCAAGAACUACAUCUCUGCCAUGGAACGAGGCAUCUCUAAGGUGAUGGCCAAGAUGGGGAUCUCCACACUUCAGUCCUAUAAGGGAGCACAGAUCUUUGAGGCUGUUGGUAUUUCAGAGGAAAUUAUUAACAAAUGCUUCAAGGGAACUGCUUCACGAAUUGGUGGAGUUACAUUUGAAACCUUGGCUAAUGAAGCAUUUGAGCGUCAUGCUCUAAGUUAUGGAGACCGAGAAUGUGACACAAUGGUGUUAAGGAACCCAGGCUUCUAUCACUGGCGUAGUGGUGGAGAGAAACACAUGAAUGACCCAGUGUCUAUUGCCAACUUGCAGGAUGCUUCAAGGACCCAAAACAAAUCUCAGUAUGACAAGUUCAAAGAAUCAACAAUGGAGAGCGUCAAAGCUUGUACAUUACGCGGCCAGCUGGAACUUGUGAAACUGGAAAAUCCCAUCGACAUCUCGGAGGUUGAGUCAGCAUCAGAGAUUGUGAAGAGGUUUGCCACUGGUGCUAUGAGCUUUGGUUCUAUCUCCAUUGAAGCUCACACUACUCUGGCUAUUGCCAUGAACCGUGUGGGUGCCAAGUCCAACACUGGUGAAGGAGGAGAAAAUGCUGAUAGAUACAUAGAUCAGGAUCCAGAGUUUAACAAACGUUCAGCUAUUAAGCAAGUUGCAUCCGGACGCUUUGGUGUUACUGCAGCAUACCUGGCUAAUGCUGAUGACCUGCAGAUCAAGAUGGCUCAGGGGGCCAAACCUGGAGAGGGCGGUGAACUGCCAGGCUACAAGGUGUCAGAAGACAUUGCCAAUACUCGUCACUCGGUGGCUGGAGUGGGUCUGAUAUCUCCACCUCCUCACCAUGACAUCUACAGCAUUGAAGACUUGGCUGAACUUAUCUACGAUCUGAAAUGUGCCAACCCAAAUGCACGAAUCUCAGUCAAGCUUGUGUCGGAAGUUGGUGUUGGUGUGGUGGCGUCUGGUGUAGCAAAGGGGAAAGCAGAGCACAUAACCAUCUCAGGUCAUGAUGGAGGUACAGGAGCCAGCAGCUGGACAGGCAUCAAGAGUGCUGGUCUACCAUGGGAACUUGGCAUAUCCGAGACUCACCAGACUCUUGUACUUAACAAUCUGAGAUCUCGUAUUGUUCUGCAGGCUGAUGGACAGAUACGCUGUGGUAUGGACGUCAUAAUUGCUGGUUUGUUGGGUGCUGACGAGAUUGGCUUCAGCACAGCUCCACUGAUCGUGAUGGGCUGUACCAUGAUGCGCAAGUGUCACCUCAACACUUGCCCUGUUGGGAUCGCAACUCAGGAUCCUGUCCUCAGGAAGAAGUUUGAGGGCAAGCCAGAACAUGUGGUCAAUUACUUGUUCAUGUUAGCUGAAGAGGUCCGUGAACUCAUGGCUUCAGUGGGUGUUCGUAAGUUCCAAGAACUGGUGGGUCGCACAGACUUAUUACGUGCCCGUGAUUCCUGCUCGACAAAAGUCAAUCUUCUAGACUUUAAUCUAAUACUGAAGAAUGCACUGCACAUGAGACCAGGAGUCAACAUAGUUGGAGGAUCUGUGAAACAGGACUUUGGGCUUGAGACUCAUCUUGACCAAGAGAUUCUGAAGGAGGUAGAGCCAUUACUGAAUGGCACCACCGAUACUGUAACUGUUAAUACAACAAUCCACAAUGAAGUUCGUGCCUUUGGAACAACUCUCUCGUACCACAUUGCCUUAAAAUAUGGAGAGGAAGGACUUCCAGAUAACAGCAUUCAGAUCAACCUUGCAGGAUCUGCUGGUCAGAGCUUCUGUGCUUUCCUUGCAAAGGGAGUUACAGUUACUCUAGAAGGAGAUGCUAAUGACUAUGUUGCAAAGGGACUGUCUGGAGGCGAGGUAGUCAUUUACCCACAGAAGGAUUUGCCUGAAGACUAUAAAACAGAGGCAAAUAUCAUCGUGGGUAAUGUGUGCCUGUAUGGGGCCACCAGUGGCUCGGCAUUCUUCAGAGGAAUGGCUGCAGAGAGAUUCUGUGUUCGUAAUUCAGGCGCUGUUGCAGUUGUGGAGGGGGUUGGAGACCAUGGCUGUGAAUACAUGACUGGAGGAUGUGUGCUGAUUCUUGGCCAGACUGGGCGUAACUUUGCUGCUGGAAUGUCUGGUGGUAUUGCUUAUGUCCUGGACCCCAGCAGUGAAUUUCCGAGGAAAUGCAAUCAGCAGACUGUGGAACUUCUUCCUCUUGAACUGUCAGAUGACCUGGUGUUUGUUGAGGAUCUUCUGCGACAGUUCCAUGAUAAGACAGGCUCACAGGUUGCUGCAAACUUGCUCAUGGACUGGCCUGCUCAAGCCAGCAGCUUUUUAAAGGUGUUCCCAUAUGAGUACCAGCGAGCCUUGAGGCAACUUGCUGAGAAAGAAGCAGCAGUACAAGUAACCCCAGAGAAGGCUAAAGUUGAAGUGAAGCCCGAGCCAACAGUUUGUGAUAUUGAAGAAUCUGUCACUGACACUGCCAUGGAAAAGAAACGAUUGGAGAAGAUCCUUGAUAAAACUAGGGGCUUUGUAAAGUACAAGCGUGAAACAGCCAUGUAUCGCUCGGCCGAGAAGCGGCAGAAGGAUUGGGACGAGAUCUACAACGUUGACAGUGUCCGCCGUGGCCUACGUGUGCAGGCAGCAAGAUGCAUGGACUGUGGAGUUCCUUUCUGCCAAUCAUCACAUGGUUGUCCCCUGGGUAACAUUAUUCCCAAGUGGAAUGAUCUCAUAUUUAACAACAACUGGAAGGAAGCACUCGGCCAACUUCUGCAAACCAACAACUUCCCAGAAUUUACUGGGCGAGUGUGUCCUGCACCUUGUGAGGGAGCCUGUGUUCUGGGCAUUAAUGAACUUCCAGUAACAAUUAAAAAUAUUGAGUGUUCAAUUAUUGACCAUGCGUUUGAACAAGGCUGGAUUAAGCCAGAGCCACCAGUGUUGAGGACAGGCAAGAAAGUAGCUGUAGUAGGAUCUGGACCUGCUGGUUUGGCUGCAGCUCACCAGCUUAACAAGGCUGGUCACUUGGUAACUGUGUUUGAGCGGAAUGACCGUGCUGGUGGACUGCUGCAGUAUGGCAUCCCUACCAUGAAGCUCAGUAAGGAGGUGGUUCAGCGCCGAGUGAACCUUAUGAAGGAUGAGGGCAUAAUGUUCAAGACCAAUGUUAAUGUUGGCAAGGAUAUAUCAGCUAAGGAUCUACAAGAAGAAUAUGAUGCCUUACUGUUGUGCUUGGGAGCAACCUGGCCACGUGACCUUCCAAUUGCAAACCGUCAAUUGGAAGGUAUUCACUUUGCUAUGGCAUUCCUUGAAACAUGGCAGAAGAAGCAGAUGGGCAACACUAUCGACCACACUACCCUCACUGCCAAGGACAAAGAUGUCAUUGUUAUUGGUGGAGGUGACACAGGAUGUGAUUGCAUUGGUACUUCUCUAAGGCAGGGAGCCAAGUCCAUUACAACGUUUGAGAUCCUACCACAGCCUCCUCCUUCCCGUGGACGUGACAACCCAUGGCCCACUUUCCCCAGGGUAUUUAAAGUUGACUAUGGACAUGAAGAAGUUAAGGUCAAGUUUGGACGUGACCCCAGGGAAUAUAGCACUCUUACUAAGGAGUUCCUGGAUGAUGGGACUGGAAAGGUGGCAGGUGUACGCGCAGUGACGGUGGAGUGGACUAAGGAUGAGAGUGGUCGCUGGAAGAUGAACGAAGUUGAAGGAUCAGAAAAGGUGUACAAGGCUGAUUUGGUGCUCCUGGCAAUGGGUUUCUUAGGACCUGAGAGAUACAUCGUUAAUGAACUGGAGAUGGAACAGGACCCACGUUCCAACAUUUGUACACCAGAUGGCAAAUACGUCACAAGUGUUGACAAAGUUUUUGCAGCUGGAGAUUGUCGUCGUGGUCAGUCUCUCGUUGUGUGGGCCAUCAACGAAGGUCGUCAGGCAGCACGUGAGGUGGAUACUUACCUCAUGGACACUUCCACCCUCCCCCUUAGUGGAGGAGUUGUUCAGAUUACACAAAAGGGAUAAAUGAUCUGUUUUAUUAAUGAAAUCGUUUAUUAAGAGCGAGUGUGAAAUUCACUAUGACGGUAAGGGGGUCCAACAGAUGUACUGAACUUAAUAGGAUCUCUUCCCGGCACACUGUUGAAGAUGGUGCAUAUAACACUGAUCCAUUAGUUAGCUGUUGAACAGUUUUGUGGGAUCAAGUUCAGUAGCCUGUACAUAUAGUGUAUGGAAAUGUCCUGGUUUGAUUUUUUUUUUUUUUUUUUGGUAAAUGAUGGGUGGAGUUGUGAUACAAGGGAGACAUUGAACAUGAAGCAUAUCACCUCUGGUUAGGUGGUUAAGUAGUGUACAAGUGUUAAUAGAACUGUCCAACCCUGAGAAGGGGAUCAAUGUUCUGCUUUUGUUGUUGUUAUUGAUGUACAUAGCCAUUAUAAUUAAUAAUACAGAAAAUUGAUAUUCUUUAAGCCAUGGAAAUUACAACUGUCAGUCUCACAAAGUUUUAGUGAAGUAUUUUUCCCAACACUUCUUACAUUAAUAAUAGUUAAAAUAAUAGUGAAGAAUAUGAGUGAUAUGGUAGUUUUCCUAAUAGACGUGUCUUACGAAGAGUCACUUGCCAGUCAUAUUUAAUUAUAACUUGAACAGUUGGAUUUAUUCUCAUUUAUUUUAAGAAAGUGAACUACUGGUCACCACUCGGAUCGCAUUUACUUCAACAUUGUACUUGUAAUUUUAUUUAUAAUGUAUAUUUAUUUUUUUACCCUUAGCAAUGGAAAUACUACAUAUAAAUCUUGCAACAAUAUACUGUAUAUGCUAUUUGGUUCUCAGUGAUAUUAAACUGCACAAAACAAUUACUGAUAACAAAGCAUAACUAAUGUUUUCUGUUGCUCACUGUACAAUAAUAAUUCAAUGGAUUUAAAAGUAAACUGAAUGAGUUCUGAAGGUUGACAUUCCUAAUAUUACUAAAAUGGCAGCUAAAUACUGUAUGAAGACCAUCAACAUGCUGCAGUUAAUGUUAAAUAUUACUGUGUAAAUUACAGUGAGUACACCUUGUUCAUUUAAUAUUAAUAAUGUGUAAUAUACAUUGUGUAUAGUAAGUGUAUCAUUUUAAAAAACAAUUUGAUUUGUAUUGUUGCAAGAUAUUUAGAGGACGUCACAGUCCUCUUGUUAAGAAUGAUCAUAUCUGUAGGCGAGGGAGACCCGUUAUUUUACUGUAAGAGACCUGAUGUGAAUAAUGUUUUUGCAAUAAAUUCCAAGUGAAAAUCUUGACAUUUAGGAUAGUUUGAUAAAGUGACUGACUUGUAUUAAUAGUUCCCAGUGUAUAGCUCAAUAGGUGUUAUAGCAUUGGAGAAGUUCAUUAACAAUUUAGUUGUUGUAGAAACAAUUCAAAUAAGAAAUUAAUCAAUACCUGAACUGAAUAUUGACUAUUUUUCAGUGUAGUAAAUAGACCAUUUUAAUUUCCAUAAAAUCUGCUUCGGAAUACUGGUGGCUUGAUAUUUUUAUUCAAAUUUUGUUUUCAUAUAUUCUUCAUCUCAACAUUAAAGUUUGAGAGGCUUAUGGAUGAGCAGAUUGAACUUUUAAGUAUUUUAUCCAGGAUAAAACCUGGUUAGUGACUUGUCAUUUGUUAAUAUGAGAACAGUAUGUGUUCAUGUUUUGAAAUGUUUACUCAUCAAAUAGAUUUCUUUCUUUUGGUUAAAAUGUAACCGAGAGGUAUAAUAUAAUAUUGGCCAAACAAUAUCCUGUCCUAACCAGGAUGCUGUAGUAUCUCAUGAGGAAUUGGACAUCAUCUACGUGGUGUCCCAUUAGGUUAACUCGGACAUUAUAACAAUGUUAAUCAGUUAGUAUUAAAUGGGUAUGUUUUCUCCAAUAUAGAUAAAUUAAUUACAAACAUUGGUCAUAAUGAACACUGACUCUUAGGGCUCCAUUUAAGAAAGUGUUGCACUUCUUUAAUCUUUAAACGAUGUGAAAUAUUUAGCGUAUGUGUUCUUGAGAUAUAUAUAUUUGUUUGUUAAAAUUAAGCCCAAAAGAUUUGUCAUGUUCACAUGACUAUUCUGUUUAGGGAGCUAGUCCAAGCUCUGCCAACUGCAUGUGAUAGUAAUGCCUGGUCAACGCGAAACUCUGUCUUCCAUAGAUUAUGGUAGAUAAGAUUACAGUACAGUUUCUUCCUGACGUAGAUGUCAAGUAGAUUGUAAACUGUAUCUUGAUGUCAUGACUGUCAAAUUAAGUGGCAAAAUUUACAGAUUAGCAGUAGGUUUUUUUUUAUUGAAUGCAAGUAUAUACUGUAGUCUGUAUUUUACUCUUUUAAGUUACAAUAUGGUAUUAAUGUGAUAAAAUCCGUCUACCUAAGAUAAUAAUUGGUCUUCUUUUACAAUAAAGAUCAUACUAAUACAGUACAGUACAGUAGUCCAUUCUGAGAAUUUUAAGCACUCUUCAAAUUAUUAAUUGAAAUCAAACGCAUAGAUCAGUGAUGUGCUUUGCCUGUGCAGUAUGUUAAUUUCUUGCUGUACAGUAAUUUGUUUUUCCCAGUUAGCCAAAUUUUACCAGAAAUUCCAUAUUGUACAGUACUGUAUUCCAAUUUCUAAUUUUGAAAGUUGGACAUAAGGGUGUAUGUACUGAAAUGGUGAUCAUUGUGUUGCAAUAUCUUUUCAGAUUAAAUACUUAAGUCUCUUUGUCAUCACCUGCUUUGAACUUAGGAAGAGGUGGCAUGAAGUACUGUAGGUAAGUUUGAUGCCGGUCCUAAUUUAGAAGUGAAUCUUUUAUUUGUUUAUAGUUGAAAGCCAACCAUGUAAUCUGUCAUAGGAAGUGGGUAUGAAUCCUACCCCUCUUCAUAGAUAAGUUACUUAUAUAUAUAAGAUACUGUUAGUAAAGAUAAUAUAAUAA